AUUUCGAGUUUCAAGCGGUUCGCAUGCGUUUGGGGGAGUAGCUAUAUCCGUUCGAUCCGUCGGCUUCCGCGAAUCGUUCCGGCUAACGGACUUUGUGGCGCCAUGGACUCACAUUCUAGUGAUUAAAAUCGGACGAAUAUUGUGUGUGUGCCAAAAGAAUAACGGGAAAUGAGUGCAAAUCUAUUUUAAAUGGUGCGCAAUUAAAGGAAGCAACAAAAGAGAAGAAUACUUGACAAAAUGCAUUUGUGCGAGGUGCGUGUGCAGCCCCAGCGUUUAGCUAACGAAAGCGAAAUCCAAAUUAAAAUUCAAAGUAAAUGUAAAAAUAAAAAGGAAAAGGAAAAUGAAAAUAAAAAUCAAAAUAAAAAUACCAGAGUCAGCGAGAUCAAACGCCGGCACAGAAACAAUCGAAAUGCUGCUGCUGUUGGGGACCGGCUAAAAAUAAUCAAAGUCGAUCGCAGUCGACGGCUGAUUUUCCCACUGCUGCUGCUCCUCACGGGAUUAAAUGGAUUAACACAAGUUGGAGCGCUCAAGGGUGAAAAUCCACGCAUCAUCGAGCAUCCCAUGGACACGACGGUGCCAAAAAAUGAUCCAUUUACGUUUAAUUGCCAAGCCGAGGGCAAUCCAACACCAACCAUUCAAUGGUUUAAGGACGGUCGCGAACUGAAGACGGAUACGGGCUCGCAUCGCAUAAUGCUGCCCGCCGGUGGUUUAUUCUUUCUCAAGGUUAUCCACUCACGUAGAGAGAGCGAUGCGGGCACUUAUUGGUGCCAGGCCAAAAACGAGUUUGGAGUGGCCCGUUCCAGGAAUGCAACGUUGCAAGUGGCAUUUCUGCGCGACGAAUUCCGCUUGGAGCCGGCAAAUACCCGUGUGGCCCAAGGCGAAGUGGCCCUGAUGGAAUGCGGUGCCCCCCGAGGAUCCCCGGAGCCGCAAAUCUCGUGGCGCAAGAACGGACAGACCCUGAAUCUGGUCGGCAACAAGCGGAUUCGCAUUGUGGAUGGCGGCAAUCUGGCCAUCCAGGAGGCACGCCAAUCCGACGAUGGACGGUACCAGUGUGUGGUGAAGAACGUGGUCGGAACCAGGGAAUCGGCCACUGCCUUUCUCAAAGUUCAUGUUCGUCCCUUCCUCAUCCGUGGACCCCAGAAUCAAACGGCUGUCGUGGGCAGCUCGGUGGUCUUCCAGUGCCGCAUUGGAGGCGAUCCCCUGCCAGAUGUCCUCUGGCGACGCACUGCCUCCGGCGGCAAUAUGCCACUGCGUCGUGUGCACGUACUUGAGGACCGCAGUCUGAAGCUGGACGACGUCACGCUGGAGGACAUGGGCGAGUACAGUUGCGAGGCGGACAAUGCGGUGGGCGGCAUCACGGCCACGGGCAUCCUCACCGUUCACGCACCCCCCAAGUUUGUGAUACGCCCCAAGAAUCAACUGGUGGAGAUCGGUGAUGAAGUGCUGUUCGAGUGCCAGGCGAAUGGUCAUCCCCGGCCAACCCUCUACUGGUCGGUUGAGGGCAACAGCUCCCUGCUGCUUCCCGGCUACCGCGAUGGUCGCAUGGAAGUGACCCUGACCCCCGAGGGUCGUUCGGUGCUUUCGAUAGCUCGAUUUGCCCGCGAGGACUCCGGAAAGGUGGUCACUUGCAAUGCCCUCAAUGCCGUGGGCAGUGUCAGCAGUCGAACGGUGGUCAGUGUGGAUACGCAAUUCGAGUUGCCACCGCCGAUUAUCGAGCAGGGUCCGGUGAAUCAAACGCUGCCCGUGAAGUCGAUUGUGGUUCUGCCCUGUCGAACACUGGGCACCCCAGUGCCUGAGGUCUCGUGGUAUCUGGACGGCAUACCCAUCGAUGUGCAGGAGCAUGAGCGACGUAAUGUCUCAGAUGCUGGAGCUCUGACCAUUUCGGAUCUUCAGCGUCACGAGGACGAAGGCCUGUACACCUGUGUGGCCAGCAAUCGAAAUGGCAAAUCCUCGUGGAGCGGCUACCUUCGUCUGGACACUCCCACAAAUCCCAAUAUCAAGUUCUUCCGAGCAGCAGAACUUUCCACCUAUCCUGGACCGCCGGGAAAACCACAAAUGGUGGAAAAGGGCGAGAGCUCGGUGACUCUGAGCUGGACGAGGAGCAACAAGGUGGGUGGCUCCAGUCUGGUGGGCUACGUAAUCGAGAUGUUUGGCAAAAACGAAACGGAUGGCUGGGUGGCUGUGGGCACGCGAGUGCAGAACACAACCUUCACCCAAACUGGAUUGCUGCCGGGUGUGAAUUACUUCUUCCUAAUUCGAGCGGAGAACUCUCAUGGCUUAUCCCUUCCCAGUCCAAUGUCGGAACCCAUUACAGUGGGAACGAGGUACUUCAACAGUGGUCUGGAUCUGAGCGAAGCUCGAGCCAGUUUGUUAUCCGGAGACGUUGUGGAGCUAAGCAACGCCAGUGUGGUGGACUCCACCAGCAUGAAGCUCACCUGGCAGAUCAUCAACGGCAAAUACGUCGAGGGUUUCUAUGUCUAUGCGAGACAGUUGCCAAAUCCAAUAGUCAACAAUCCGGCGCCCGUUACGACCAAUGUCAAUCCGCUGCUGGGCUCCGCAUCCGCAUCCGCUUCGGCAUCCGCAUUGAUUUCGACAAAGCCAAAUAUUGCCGCUGCCGGCAAACGUGAUGGGGAAACAUCGAGUCAAAGUGGCGGAGUAUCAUCCCCACCACUGAGCACCAAGUACCGCAUGCUGACGAUUCUAAAUGGAGGUGGCGCCUCAUCCUGCACCAUCACCGGUCUCGUCCAGUACACGCUGUAUGAAUUUUUCAUCGUGCCGUUCUACAAAUCCGUCGAGGGCAAGCCUUCGAAUUCGCGCAUCGCCCGCACCCUUGAAGAUGUUCCCACUGAGGCACCAUAUGGAAUGGAGGCUCUGCUGCUUAAUUCCUCAGCGGUGUUCCUCAAAUGGAAGGCACCCGAACUUAAGGAUCGGCAUGGCAUUCUCUUGAACUAUCAUGUUAUAGUGCGAGGCAUAGACACUGCCCACAAUUUCUCUCGAAUUUUAACGAACGUCACCAUCGAUGCCGCUUCGCCUACUUUGGUCUUGGCCAAUCUCACCGAAGGCGUCAUGUACACGGUGGGCGUGGCAGCCGGAAAUAAUGCCGGAAUCGGUCCUUACUGUGUCCCAGCCACUUUGCGUUUGGAUCCCAUCACCAAGCGGCUCGAUCCGUUCAUCAAUCAGCGAUAUCCCAUCAAUCAGGACCAUGUUAACGAUGUGCUGACACAGCCCUGGUUCAUAAUACUCCUGGGCGCCAUCCUGGCCAUCCUUAUGCUGUCCUUUGGCGCAAUGGUCUUUGUAAAGCGCAAACACAUGAUGAUGAAGCAGUCGGCCCUAAAUACCAUGCGUGGCAAUCACACGAGCGACGUGCUUAAAAUGCCGAGUCUAUCGACUCGCAAUGGAAACGGCUACUGGCUGGACUCCUCCACCGGCGGAAUGGUGUGGCGUCCCUCGCCCGGCGGCGAUUCGCUGGAGAUGCAAAAGGAUCACAUCGCGGACUAUGCUCCCGUUUGCGGUGCCCCGGGUUCUCCCACCACCGGCGGUACUGGUGGUGCCGGUUCCGGUGGUUCCGGCGGAUCCGGCGGUGCGGGCAGUGGUGCCAGCGGCGGCGAUGACAUUCACGGAGGACACGGCAGCGAACGCAAUCAGCAGCGGUACGUGGGCGAGUACUCCAACAUACCCACUGACUAUGCGGAAGUGUCCAGUUUUGGCAAGGCCCCCAGUGAAUAUGGGCGGCACGGCAAUGCCUCACCGGCGCCCUAUGCCACCUCUUCGAUUUUGACGCCCCACCAGCAGCAUCAGCAGCAACAGCAGCAACAGCAACAGCAACAGCAAUCGCGUUAUCAACAGCGACCAGUAGUGGCCGGUUAUGGCCUGCAACGUCCCAUGCAUCCGCACUACCAACAGCAACAGCAACAGCAGCAGCAGCAACAGCAGGCACACCAGCAACAUCAGCAGCACCAGCAACUACCCCCGAGCAAUAUCUAUCAGCAAAUGUCCACCACCAGCGAGAUAUAUCCCACGAAUGUGGGUCCGCCACGCUCCGUUUACUCGGAGCAGUAUUAUUACCCGAAGGAUAAGCAGCGACAUAUUCACAUAACCGAGAAUAAGUUGAGCAAUUGUCAUACCUACGAGGCAGCUCCUGGAGCCAAGCAAUCCUCGCCCAUUUCCUCGCAGUUUGCCAGUGUGCGACGACAGCAAUUGCCGCCAAAUUGCAGCAUUGGCAGGGAUAGUGCCCGUUUCAAGGUGCUCAAUACGGAUCAGGUCAAGAACCAGCAGAAUCUCCUCGAUCUCGAUGGUUCGUCCCUAUGCUACAAUGGUCUGGCGGACUCGGGCUGUGGCGGUUCGCCAUCGCCCAUGGCCAUGUUGAUGUCGCAUGAGGAUGAACAUGCUCUGUACCACACGGCGGAUGGAGAUUUGGAUGAUAUGGAGCGGUUGUACGUGAAGGUGGAUGAGCAACAGCCGCCAUUGCAGCAGCAACAACUUAUACCCCUCGUGCCACAACAUCCUGGCGAGGGACAUCUGCAAUCCUGGCGAAACCAGAGCACACGGGGCAGUCGAAAGAACGGCAUCCAGGAGUCCAUCAAGGAGCCAAACGAGCUGAUCUAUGCCCCGGGAAGUGUGGCCAGCGAAAGGAGUUUGCUGAGCAAUUCGGGCAGCGGCACCAGCAGUCAGCCAGCUGGCCACAAUGUCUGACCUUUGCCCUCUGGUUCAGCAUCCUUGGGCCAAUCUCAAUCGAAACCGCACUCACAAUCACAAUCACAAUCCCAAUCCCAGAGCGAUUUGCACUCACAGGAGCA